AUGGCAAUGCGUGAUUACACUGCAGAUAAAGAAUCUUUCAAGAACUUUUUCGUUGAUUUUUGUCAAACUGAUGAUGAAGGAAAAAAGUAUUUUAAAUAUGCUGAACAACUUACUAAAGUUGCACACAGAGAACAGAUAGCAUUUGAAGUUGACUUGGAUGAUUUACAUGAGAUGAAUGAAGAUUUGACUGAGGCAGUCAAACAAAAUACCAGAAGAUACACUAAUAUGGUGUCAGACGUGGUUUAUGAAAUGCUGCCUGAUUACAAAUUCAAAGAGGUAGUAGCAAAGGAUUCCUUGGAUGUAUACAUUGAGCACAGAAUUAUGUUGGAAGCCAGAAACCACAGGAUUCCUGGAGAAAUGAGGGAUCCUAGGAACAGAUACCCACCAGAGCUCAUCAGGAGAUUUGAAGUGUACUUCAAAGACUUGUCAACAUCGAAAAGUGUACCUAUCAGAGAAGUUAAGGCUGAACAUAUUGGGAAACUAGUUACUGUGCGAGGUAUAGUGACUCGGUGCACGGACGUGAAGCCGCUGCUGGUGGUGGCGACGUACUCGUGCAGCGCGUGCGGCGCCGAGACGUACCAGCCGGUGCGCGCGCUGCAGUUCACGCCGCCGCCCGCCUGCACGGCCGACGACUGCCGCCUCAACAAGACCGCCGGACAGCUACAUCUGCAGACCAGGGGUUCUAGGUUCCAGAAGUUCCAGGAGCUUAAGAUACAGGAGCACUCCGACCAAGUCCCGGUGGGCACAUCCCGCGCCAGCUGUCCGUGUACUGCCGCGGGGAGACGACGCGGCGAGCGCAGCGGAGACCACGUCGCCAUCACCGGACUCUUCCUGCCGUUACACAACGUUGGCUUCCGGCAGAUCAUGCAGGGAUUACUCUCGGACACAUAUCUUGAAGCCCACUCUGUAUCGUGCCUCAACCAAAGUGACGAGAGUGAGUUGGCGGAGGCUCUAACGGAAGAAGAAUUGGCAGAACUGGCCGAAGAGGACUUAUAUUCACGCAUGGCACGUAGUCUUGCCCCCGAAAUAUAUGGACACGAAGACGUGAAGAAAGCCUUGCUAUUGCUACUCGUCGGUGGAGUUGAUAAACGUCCAAACGGAAUGAAGAUUCGUGGCAACAUCAACAUCUGCUUGAUGGGCGAUCCUGGUGUUGCGAAGUCUCAGCUGCUCAACUACAUCGACAGACUCGCCCCCAGGAGCCAGUACACCACGGGCCGGGGCUCCUCGGGCGUCGGCCUUACUGCUGCUGUUUUGAAGGACCCAUUCACCGGGGAGAUGAUGCUAGAGGGCGGCGCGCUGGUGCUGGCCGACCAGGGUGUCUGCUGUAUCGACGAGUUCGACAAGAUGGCGGAGAACGACCGCACAGCCAUACACGAAGUUAUGGAACAACAGACCAUAAGUAUUGCGAAGGCGGGUAUAAUGACGUGCCUGAACGCGCGCGUGUCGAUCCUGGCGGCCGCCAACCCGGCGUACGGCCGCUACAACCCGAAGCGGACCAUCGAACAGAACAUACAGCUGCCGGCCGCGCUGCUCUCGCGCUUUGAUCUGCUCUGGCUCAUACAGGAUAAACCCAAUCGCGAGAAAGAUUUAGAGCUGGCGAAGCACAUAGCGUAUGUGCACCAGCACUCGACCCAGCCGCCCAGCAGCGUCCGCGCGCUGUCCAUGAAGCUGGUCCGGCGCUACGUGGCGCUCACCAAGCGCAAGGAGCCCGCCGUGCCGCGCGCGCUCGCCGACUACAUCGUCUCCUCAUACGUCGAGCUACGGCGUGAAGCUAGGAACGCACGUGACGUCACAUUCACGUCAGCCAGGAACUUGCUCGCCAUACUGCGCCUCUCGACCGCACUCGCAAGGCUCAGAUUAUCAGACGUCGUUGAAAAGGAGGACGUAUCUGAGGCAAUUCGUCUCGUGGAGAUGUCAAAGCAAUCCCUACAACACGUGGAAGAAAACGUUCAGAGGGGUAUAACGUCAACGGACCGUAUAUUCGCGAUAGUGCGCGACCUGGCCGGCUCCAACAAGACCGUCAAAGUCGCCGAUGUCAUCGAGAGGUGCGUCGACAAAGGAUUCAAACCAGAUCAGGUGGACGCUUGCAUCGAAGAAUACGAGAACUUGAACGUGUGGCAAGUGAACCAGGUGCGGACCAAGAUAACGUUCAUGUGA